UUUUCUUUCAUAACCCAUUUCAUUCCUCUUUCUUACUUUGAAACUUCCUAGCUAACAUUUUGUUGUCUCUAAUACUAGCCAAACUUGCAUAACCCUCACCAUGCCCGGGCCGGGCGUACCGCUUCGACAAUCCCCAACAUCACCGAGACGAUCACCCCCUCGUUCACAUCCUUCCCCUUCACCACCCCAACCAGGAACCACAACCACAACCCCAAACCCAUCAAACAAUGGUUCAUUGUCACCUCGAGCACCAAUAUCCCUCCAAGCACCCUCUCAAAGGAAAAACCCAACAAAGUCAAACAAAAUCCUAACAAGAGUACGCUCUGUAUUUAGGUCUUUCCCCAUCGUAUCCCCAACCUGCCGGAUCCCAAUGUCAGGUAGGCUCAAUGAUGGGCAUGUCCAUGGUGGAACUCGCAUAACAGGAACCCUAUUUGGGUUCAGGAAAGCCAGGGUAAACCUAGCAAUCCAAGAAAAUCCAAGGUGUCUACCCAUGUUAUUGUUAGAACUAGCCAUCCCAACAGGCAAGCUACUACAAGAUAUGGGGUUAGGACUAGUGAGGAUCGCACUUGAGUGUGAGAAGCAUCCUUCUGAAAAAACUAAGCUAAUUGAGGAACCCAUUUGGACAAUGUAUUGUAAUGGUAAGAAAACUGGGUAUGGUAUUAAAAGAGAACCAACUGAUGAUGAUUUAAGUGUAAUGCAAAUGUUGCAUGCAGUUUCGAUGGGUGCUGGUGUUUUGCCUAGUGGUCAAGGGGUUGAAACACCAGAUGGUGAGCUUACUUAUAUGCGGGCUUUUUUUGAACGUGUCAUUGGUUCUAAAGAUUCUCAGACUUAUUAUAUGAUGAACCCUGAUGGCAGUAAUGGCCCUGAACUUAGCAUUUUCUUUGUUAGGAUUUAGUUUUUAUUUUUCUAUCGGUUUCUCCAAUUUUAUGAUCGAUGUAAUUCAUCAUCAAGUGUUAAUAACUUGGAUCUUCAACGAUAUAAUCAAAUUUCUUAUAUGCACUUUGCUGUUCUUUCACUCUUUCACAUAGUCAAACUUACAUGCUCAUGUUAGUCGUGUAUAGAGCACUAGUC